GUCGUCGUUCUUCUUUACAAACGAACUUUUUUCUUUUUUUUUUUUUUUUAUAAUAACAAGUUAUCAUUGAAAAGAAAAGAUCCCCUUUCGCAUAAUUAACACGUGAGAAUAAUAAUCAACGAAAAUCUUAAUAAUUGAUUGUUUAUUAACGAUUCAUAUUUAGAAAAAGUGAAAGGACGGAAGGUAAAGGUACGUGAAGAUAAAAAAAAAAAAAAAAAAAAAAAAAAAAAAAAAAUUUUCGAACGAAAUAAAGAUUUUUCGUUUCACGAAUUUUUAAAGACGUAGAAAAAGAAAAGGAAAAAGAAGAAGAAGAAGAAGAAGAAGAAGACCUGAAAGAGAAGGAAGAAGAAAAAAAGCUUUCAUUAAAUUCCUGAGUAAAUUAAUUAAAAGAAAAAAAAAAAGAAAGAAAACCAAAACGAAAGAAAGAAUACAAAGAAGAAAAACGUAACUUUAAUGAUCAUAAAACGAGAGAAGAUCUUUCUAAAAAAAAAUUUGUUAUUCCUUUGGGACUUCUUCGUGGAAAACUCAGAACGUGUUUUACGUGAGAAGAAUAGGAUAUUUUAAUUCGAGGGAGAGUUAACGUUAUCCCGCGUCUUCUGUCGUUCAUUGAAUCGCACGGGUUUCUUUAUUCCCCACUAACUAUAUUUCUCCGAUGUCUUCGUUGUUAUUUCAUCAUUGGAUUGCCGGUUGGCUAUUGUUGGCUUUCUUUGGAUCAAAAAUGUCUGAUUGUCAAAAUUUAUACUUGAUGCCAUAUGGAACUUAUUAUGACGAUUAUAGAAUUGAAUCAAACGAUCGUGUCAAAUACGACGUACCGGAAACAUAUUAUCAAUACUCACCUCCUGUAGAUUCAGAUCUCGAAAAUAAUAUUUUAAGAAAGAAUCAUUUGAAUUUCUCGCCAUCGAGCUCAUCGAACUAUGAUUACGUCGCUCCAUCACAGGAUAUUCUUGAUAAAAAAGGUCGUCCCGAUAAGAACGAUGAGGAUAAUGGUUGGUUGGAUGAAGAAAUUCUUGAAAAAAUGAAUAUGCUCGAGAGAAUGCUGUCGGACGAAUCAAACGAGAAGGAUUUCGAGACGAAAAAUUCUAUCAAUGAUAAAAUCAUUUCGGAAUCUAUCAUGCCGGAAGAAACGAAAAGGGUCGUCAGGCAAGUUCGUAAACAGAGGCCAGGAUUCUUUUGGACCCUUGCAAAGAUCGCAUUUGAGACAUUCAACGACACUCAAUCGGCGAUUAAACAAAUUAGUUCAAUAAUUAGUAACAGUAUUGGACCGGAUACAACAACUAGUAAAUCAAUAAUCAGUGAUUCGUUGAUGGAAUCAAGUAAAACGUCGAUGAUAAGCGAACGAAAUGAGACCACAAUGACGACAGAAGCUACGAUGACGAACAUGAAGCAAACUCCAGUACUUACAAGGAGCGAACUUCAAUCAUUAAUUACCAGAAACAUCAAAGGAUUAAUUCGAUUAUUUAACAUCGAAUGGCAGGAUGCCCUUAAACAAUCGGAUGUUAAUGUGAAUGAAUUUAGAAAAGAUCUUGGUAAGCAGGUAGGAACGUACUUGCAAGAUAAUCCCAAUGCCUAUUGAAAACGGAUCUGCUGAGAAUUAGUGUAUAUAUAUAUGUGUGUGUUUAUGUGUGAAUGCGUGUUUGUAUGUGUGUGUGUGUGUAUGUGCGCGCGCACGUGCAAAAUAGAACGGAUUUCUCUUAAACGUAAAAUACGUCAUAAUUUAAUUAUAAUUAUUGAACGAUGAAACAGCCAAAGAUCGGUUAUAGAAAAAAAGAAACAAGUUAAUUACACAUUACGACACGUGUAAUAUGUCACAACUUAAAUGUCACCACAAUGUAAUAUAAUUUUAGAUGCUUAACAAUUUUCAAUAAUAUCGAAAUGUAAUAACAAUUGUACAAACUUUAUGAACAUUUCAUUAGUAAUAAAUAGUGUCACAAAUUAUAUCGUAAAAAAAAAAAAAUCUACGAACAUCAAAAAUUUUAAUAUAUUAGGUUGGGGAAAAAGAAAUCCAUUAUCUUAUUUUUUUCUUUUUUUUUUUUUUUUUUUUAUUUGACCCAAAUCGGACAAUCCGAAACAUGUUAAAUAAAGUCUUAAAGUUCACACAAAAAUA